UCAUCGUCUCUCCGAGCUAACAGAAAAAGAGAACGCCGUCCGUUAUCCCUCACAAGACGUGCGGUUUGAUUGCACCACAACCCGAAGCAUCUAUCGCUGCUUCACCCGUAUAUCAUCUGUUCACUAUAAUCCAAUUUCCAUCGAGGAGAGAACUACAGUGCUCUCCGCGUUUUGCGGCGACGACGAUCCCCGGUCGAGCCAUCAAAUCCCGAAUGCGCCACAUUGGUUACUGCUGCUAUGACAGAUAUUCUCAACAAUAGCACACGCUGAAUCUCGUUUCUCUUGACGAUACGAUCCAUUUGGCGAUUGACUGAAUCGACGCCCAAGUCCUUUCCGGGCUAUCCGCUAAGUUUCCGUGCAGCAUCAAGACGGAGAAUCUGCAGACGUCCGAAGCUCGAACAGUUCAGGCUGGUUGAUUUCAAUCCUUCCUUCCAUAUAACAAUACUCCACUCUCCACUCAGGACGAUAUAAAUAAGCAAUCAUGUCUGUUUCUACGUUACAGCGUGAUACCGCGUUCCAGGUUCGCUCUCUGUUCCGCUCUCUGCUCCGACAAUCUUCGCAGUUUGCGAACUACAACUUCCGAGAGUACGCUCGACGAAGGACGAGGGAUGCGUUCCACGAGCAUCAGCAUGAGACGGAGGAUCGGAAGAUUCAAGAACUGAUCCAGGAGGGUCUGCGAAACCUGCAGAUGCUGAAGAGACAAACCACCAUCAGUCAGUUCUACCAACUGGACAGGCUGGUCGUUGAAGGACAGAAGACGGGAAAGCAAACAGGGAAUAAAGGCGAUAUUGUUCGCCAGAAGGAUACCGGCUGGGACUAAGCAGUUGGGUCUAGAAGGGAAUGCGAUAUGGCUCUGUAGGCCAUGAGACAGCGCUGUAUAAACUAAAUGCACAACUGUACUACCUCAUGUUGUUUGGGGGAAGAUGGAAGAGAUAAUGCUAGGCACAUGUAAUGGCGCUCCUGUGUAAUUUACAUAACUCAUCUCCUUUCUCUACUCUCCAAUGUUCUGUUGACGCGUACGGAUGAAUCAGCUGUUUAUUUUCGGCAGUCUACUUAUCUAGUAUUACUUUUUAAAUAAACACUAUCUUGUAUUCUGGG